ACUCUCCCGCCCUGCACCUCUGCAGUGGUCUGGGACAAGAACCUGUCACCGUGAUGACUUUUGACGUCACCAAGAUCACAAAGUAUGGAGUCAACCCAACCCCCGACCCAACCCUCCGACCCUUCGACCUUAUGCUCUUUCUCCAUCAGCUCUUCUUUCCCUGUCUCCCUGUCCUUCUUUCUUUCUUUCUGAACUCCACCUCCCCAACCCCACAUUUACCCUUGAAGUGCAUACCCAUACUUUCUUCUGUGCCCUUCCAGAACCUCCUCCUCCUUUGAACUUCAAACAUGGGAUCCAGAGGGAGUGAUUUUUUAUGGGGAUACCAACCCUAAUGAUGACUGGUUUAUGCUGGGACUUCGGGAUGGCAGACCUGAGAUCCAAUUGCACAAUCAUUGGGCCCAACUUACGGUGGGUGCUGCACCUGAGACAGGUCUCUGGGCCCCUGGCCAGAAAACCCCAGCCCAUCAUGAAGAUCGCGCUGGGGGGGCUUCUCUUCCCCUCCUCCAACCUCCGGCUGCCGCUGGUCCCUGCCCUGGAUGGCUGCCUGCGCCGGGAUGUCUGGCUGGACCGGCGGGCCCAGAUCUCAGCCUCUGCCCCCACUAGCACCAGAAACUGUGCUGUGGAGUCCCAACCUGGGGUAUUCUUCCCUCCAGGGACUCAUGCAGAAUUCAGCCUCCAAGACAUCCCCCAGCCUCAUGCAGAAACCUGGGCCUUCUCUCUGGAACUGGGGCUCCAGCUGGCAGCAGGCGCUGGUCGCCUCCUUGCUCUUGGGACCCUAGCGAACUCUCCUUGGCUCAGCCUCCACUUCCAAGAUCAAAAGGUGGUCCUGUCCUCUGGGCCUGGGCCAGGGCUGGAUCUCCCUCUGGUCUCAGGACUCCCUCUUCAGCUGAAGAUGGAUUUGUCCAGGGUGGUCCUGAGCCAGGGGCUGAAGGAAGAAGUCCUUGCUCUGCCUCCCCUGGGUCUUGACCCUCUCUCCAACCUCUGGGACCAGACUCAGGGGUACCUCUUCUUGGGGGCUGUACCAGGACAGGCCUCUUCUUCCUCCUUUUGCCUGCAUGACCUUUGGGCCCAAGGCCAGAGGCUGGACAUGGACCGGGCCCUCAGCAGAAGCCAGGACAUCUGGACUCACAGCUGUCCCCAGAGCUUAGGCAAUGGCACUGACACCUCCCAUUAAAUCUCUGCCUAAAAACUACUUUGACUAUCUCUCAUUUAUUCAACAAAUAUUUACUGGGCACCUGGGGUAAGCACUGGGGUUAUACAGAUGAGCAAAACCAACCCUAGUUCCUGCCCUCUUGGUGCUCACAAUCCCAUGGGGGAGGCAGGCAUCCACCCAAGACUAAUAAAGAAGUGUGUAAUUGGAAACUCUGUUAAGUGUGAGAGCUCGGAGAUUAGGAGGCCCAGAACCUAGUCUGGUGUCAGAGAAGGCUUUCCUGAGGACAUGGUAACUUCUCAGGUGAGAUCCCAGCACACAUGGACACAAACACACACCAACCCAUUACCAUUGAGUCAAUUCCACCUCAUGGCGACCCCAUGUGUUACAGAGUAGAACUGCUCCAUAAGGUUUUCUUGGCCGUAAUCUUUAUGGAAGCAGAUUGCCAGGCUUUUAUUCCACCUGAAAGUGUUUGAACCACCAACCUUUAGGCUAGUGGUUGAGCGCAAACUGUUUGUGCCACCCAGGAACCUUACACACACACAUUCAUAUCAGAUACAGGUCACUUCCUGGGAGCCAGGAGCCCACCUCCUUCCCCAGCACCCACUCCCUUUGGGACUCCAGCUUCCUUCCUCCAAGGCUGGUCCCAAGAGAUUAGGAGGGAGGGGAAGAAAUGGAUUUUGUUGUCUCAGCUGAUCUAGCCCUUUGAACUGGCCAUUGCUGUCCAGAGAAGGAGCAGCAGGGGGCGUGAGAGGGUCAUGGAGA